AUGGGCGAGCAGCUCCGCGCCCAGUCCGCCGCCCCGGCGGGGCCGCCGCCGCCGCCCGCCGCCGCUUCCUGCUCGCUGCUCGGCGGGCUGCUGCAGAACGGCUUCCACCCCUCGAGCCAGCCGCUGAGCAACGGCGGCUGCGGGGAGGCGCCGCACCCGCUGCUGCUCCGCCCGGAGCUGCCGCCGCUCAGCCACGGCUCCCCGGCCAAGAAAUGCAGGCUGCGCCGGAGGAUGGACUCGGGCCGGCGGCACAGGCCACCGUUUCCAUGGUUUGGAAUGGAUAUCGGUGGAACGUUGGUUAAACUGGUCUACUUUGAACCUAAGGACAUUACUGUAGAAGAGGAACAGGAGGAGGUGGAAAACCUGAAAAGCAUUAGGAAAUACUUGACCUCCAAUACAGCCUAUGGUAAAACUGGCAUUCGCGAUGUCCAUCUUGAACUGAAAAAUUUGACUAUGUGUGGACGCAAAGGAAACCUGCACUUCAUCCGCUUUCCCAGCUGUGCCAUGCAUAGGUUCAUACAGAUGGGUAGUGAAAAGAACUUCUCCAGUUUGCACACUACGCUCUGUGCCACGGGAGGUGGAGCUUACAAGUUUGAGGAGGACUUUAGAACGAUUGCUGAUCUACAACUCCAUAAACUGGAUGAAUUGGACUGUUUGAUCCAGGGCCUCCUUUAUGUUGAUUCUGUUGGUUUCAAUGGCCAACCAGAGUGCUAUUAUUUUGAAAACCCUACAGAUCCUGAACAGUGCCAGAAAAAGCCUUACUGCCUUGAUAAUCCAUAUCCUAUGCUGCUGGUUAACAUAGGCUCAGGGGUCAGCAUCCUAGCUGUGUAUUCUAAGGACAACUAUAAGAGAGUCACAGGAUCCAGUCUUGGAGGAGGAACGUUCCUGGGCCUGUGCUGUCUGCUGACUGGCUGUGAAACGUUUGAAGAAGCACUAGAAAUGGCUGCAAAAGGAGACAGCACCAAUGUGGAUAAGCUGGUGAAAGAUAUCUAUGGAGGAGACUAUGAGCGGUUUGGCCUUCAAGGGUCUGCUGUAGCCUCAAGCUUUGGUCAUAUGAUGAGUAAAGAAAAGAGAGAUUCCAUCAGUAAAGAGGACUUGGCCAGAGCUACUUUGGUCACCAUCACCAACAACAUAGGCUCUAUUGCUCGCAUGUGUGCAUUGAAUGAGAACAUCGACAAGGUGGUAUUUGUUGGCAACUUUCUCAGAAUUAAUAUGAUUUCUAUGAAGGUGCUAGCAUAUGCUAUGGAUUAUUGGUCCAAGGGACAGCUGAAAGCUCUGUUUUUGGAACAUGAGGGUUAUUUUGGAGCUGUUGGGGCUCUUCUAGAAUUGCUUAAAAUGACAGAUGAUUAGUGAUGAAGCUGUCUGAAGAGAUUCCUACUGCAGAUGCUGCUGGAUAAGAGUGAAAGCCACUACAAGGAUGGAAAUGAAGCCAUUAUGGUAGUUCUACCUGCUGGAUUUGUAAAUAAUUUAAAAUCCUUUUAGCUGAUCUUUAACUUCUGGGUUUUGAGCUUAUACUUCAGAAUUCAUACUGGGAAUAACGAGAUCUUUUUUUUCUGUACACUGUAUUUUUUAGGGGAAAAAUGUGCAAAGUGGCCAAACAUACAGAUUUUAUGGAUUUAUUUUAAAAAGUGGAUACGGUUUAAUGUAGGACCUGUGAUAUGAGGCAUCUGCUUUUCUUCUGGGGUUUACUGAUUAGUGUGGUAAUUUUAACUUCAUUUAGUAAUCACUCUAGGAGAUUUUUUAUCUUAUUUUCAUGACGUUUCAUGAUUUGUUCUUGGUUUCAAAUGAAACUACAAAGCUGAUGCAUUUUACUGUGAAAACUAGUCACUGAUUUUUUUGCCUUUCCUUUCCUCAUUAGAUGAGACACUUUUUUAUUUAACAUCCCCCUGUCCCGUCCCGUCCCCCCCCAAAAAAAAAAAAAUUUACAAGCUUUCUGUGACUACAUAGGUUUCUUGGCAAGACUGCGAGAAAACUUGGCAGGGGCAGGGGGUUUAAGAUUGUAAUUUUUCAGUAGUCAUGACUUGCAACAGGAACAGACUGGUAACUGGUUUUGCAGGACUAAUUUUCCUCUAUAUUAAAAAUUUUAAACAAGAUGUGAACUAAAAUUUUAAUUAUUGGUUUGACACUAAAAUGAAAUCCUGUUUCUGUUGAAAAUCUCUGAUCUAUAUGAAGAGUUUUGUAGUACAGAUGUUAUUUAUAUGGUACAUACUUGGCAUUAGAUGACAAAAGGAAGAGAUUUGUUUUCAUUUAUUUGAAGACUUCUCUGUAGUCUGCAAUUUUUAACUUGUUCUUAAUCGAAAACAACUGAUAACUGCGUUAUUUCAAAGCCCAGUUUCUAAAAUUAGAAAAUACUAACGUAUUUUCUGGUUUUAAGCUAAUGUUAACUUUCCCUCCAGGACACUAAGAUUUGAGUGUUUAUUCCAAUACAGUAUUCUCUACCUUUUUGGAUUUGUGGACCUCUCUAGAUUUGUUUUUUUUCCCCCAGUUGAAUUGAGACCCCUUUGAAAUUUAUGUAUGUAGGUUGCUGCGUAGCAUGUUUUCAUAAACACCAUGAGGGCUGACAAAUCAGAGGCUGAAAACCAGUCCAUAAAUUAUUUUGUCUUGCAAAACUGUAUUUGAUGUCACAUAAUGUAAAGGGCUCAUCAGAGGGACAGUAUAAAAUUCAGACACAUGUAUUAUCCAAUAUAUUUUUGGAAGGGGGUUUAUUUCACUUUUGUAAUAGUCAUUAAUUUCCAUAUCUCCCAAGUGUUGAAAUAAAUUCAUAUUAACUGAAGUGUUAACUUGUCUGAUGGAAAUAAAGACCACUACUGUUUUGACGGUUUUAAUGUA